AUGCAAAAGAUUGGAGGUGGUGGUGAUGGUUAUGGUAGAUGUUUUGAUCUUGCAUGUUUGAAAUCCUCCAUGAAAUUGGAUCUUUGGAUGUCAAUAAACUCAAAGUGGGCAGCAGAUAUGGCUAUAGGACUUGGUACCGGAGUUCCGUGGAUCAUGUGCAAGCAAGAUGAUGCUCCUGAUCCUGUCAUUAACACUUGCAAUGGCUUCUAUUGUGAUUAUUUCUCUCCAAAUACGGCUUACAAACCAAAGAUGUGGACAGAAGCUUGGACUGGCUGGUUUACCGAGUUUGGAGGUCCGGUACCUCACCGACCUGCUGAAGACUUGGCAUUUUCAAUUGCAAGAUUUACAGGUAGAAACUGA